UUUCCAGUGGUGUUUUAUUUAACAGAUAUUGCCGAGUGUAUGAAGAGAUUCAUUUUUUAAAAUUAUUUAUUCAGUGAGCGGCUUGCAUUAUUGUUGGCACUGAUGAAAGAUGAACUUACUCAAUAGACAACAGUAUGAAAACUUUUUUAAUCCUAUUUCGACGAAGUGCCAGCUAGCUGAACAAUGAUAAAUUACUCUUGUCGUAAUUUUUACCGGGAAUCAGCGACCAUAGAGCGAUCGAACAGCACUCUUCGUAUAAAUCAAUAUCAUCAGCAUAUUGGUGUUUUUCAAUUGAGCCAUGGAGAAUAUUAUUAUUUUUUUGCUAACGAUUAAAGAAACAACCUGCAAACCUAUUUCAUGAGUUGAUCAGAGAGCACUUGAAGGAUUCUUAACGUUCUUGUAAUGGCAACAAACUGGGAUAAAGUCAAGUAUAUUUCCCGUGUGAGACCAGACUCUGAUUAUGGUUUGUUCGAUGACUGCAACGACUCGUUAGACGAAUGCGACGUGCGAGUAAAAAUUAAUGAGGUAUUGAGAGAACCAAACGAAAAUGGCUCAGAAACACUUGUUCAUCGAUUGCAUCCGUCUUCGACUCAUCUUCAAACAAAUUUAAAGCGCAGUUCUCGCGACGGAUUAUGCUUGUCAGUUCCACAAGACAUCGGAAGAAGAAGUAUUUUGCGAUUGCAUCGGGAGAACUCAAACGAAGUCGCCAUUGAGAAAACCUCUGUAAUGACCAGCGUAAGCAUGAAUUUGUUGCCGCGGUAUGGUUCCGAUUUAAAUGAGGAUAUUCUGGCGCGACCACAGCCUUUUGUUAAAACGAACAGACGGGCUUUCGUAAAAGAUUUGUUUUUUAAACAAGAAGAAGGUGAUAGUUAUUACAAAUUGAAGUCAGGUGACUAUGGAGAAAAUGAGAGAGAAACGUUCCACACUUUAUCCAGAAAAGGAAACACCGAAGAACUCAGAGCACUCCUUCAGCAGAAUGAAGACAUCGACAAAAAGGACAGUUAUGGUAAAACAGCCUUACACUGUGCAAUAUCAGCCGGACAAGUCAAUACCGUAAAAUUUCUCCUCCACAACCAUGCAAACCCAAACCUUAAGGACCACAGAGAAGAGGCAGCACUUCACGCCGCAGUGCGUACCGGGAACGUGGAAAUGGUGGAGGCUUUGCUGAACCACAAGACCACCAAUGUUAACAUUGAAGGACGCGGAAAAUACACUCCUCUGCAUAAUGCCGCUCAUUUGGAACACCGAAACGCCCUAGAAAUUUGCCAAAAGCUGCUUGACUGUGGGGCUAAAGUAACAGCAAAGGCAACUGAUCACAUGACACCACUCAGCGUUGCCGCUCAGAAGGGGUCAGCGGAUAUUAUGGCCUUGUUCUUCGAAAAAUGUUACGAAGUCCAGAGGGGUACAAAACAGAAAUUGGACCUUCUUUACGGUGUGGACUCUGAAGGAAGCUCUCUGCUACAUCUUGCUAUAGACAGCGGUGUUUUGAAGGCUGUUAAACUUUGUUUGAAACAUGGUUGCUCUGUGACAGCUGUCAAGCGGUUAAAUGGUGGUACUCCUAUCCAUUUCGCGUGCCGUCUUGGUGCGCCAGUGAUCCUUCAGUGUUUAUAUGAACAUGAACCAGCGGCUUUCCAACACGCUUUGUUGGACAAAGAAUUCAUGACACCUUUACACAGGUGUGCAAUGUAUAAUCAUAUCAGCGUUGUAAAGUUUCUCGUAGAACACGGUGUGGAUCUAAACCCUCGGGAUCGCGAGAAAUGCACCCCUCUACUGUUAGCAGCGGCUCAUGGUUGUUCUGCAGUUGUCUCACUACUAUUGGAAAGUGGAGCGGACGUUACUAGCGAGGAUGACAAAAAACGAACUGCGCUACACUGGGCAGUGGGACAGGACAGAACUAUUGAACGACUUCUUAAGGAUACACGGGUGCAAGAACUAAAACUCGUCAAUCAACAGGAUAUCACAGGAGCCACGGCUCUCCACUAUGCUGCACAGGGAGGUUUCCUAAAGAGCGUGCUCUUACUUUUGAAGAAUGGAACUGAUGCAAGUCUGAAGAAUAAUAAACUUGAAACCUCUCUUCACUUAGCCGCCAGUCAUGGCUGGCUACCAAUCGUUAAAAAACUGAUGGAAGGUCGACAGACACGUUUGAUGAAUGUGGGAAACUUCAAUGAUCACACACCUCUCCAUUUGGCUGCUUCCAACGGACAGGACAAGGUCGUCAAAUUCCUCUUGGACAGAGGAGCUACAAUAGAAAGGGAUACGGACGGCCGGACACCUUUACAUUUCGCCGCAGCAAAAGGAUCACUAAAAAGUGUUCAGUUGAUCUGCUCUUCGAAUCCAAACUGUAUUAAUGUUGAAGAUAACGCUGACCAGGACACCGCUUUGCACCUGGCUGCCAAAAAUGGACAUGCAGCCAUAGUGACGUAUCUGCUAUCCCAUGAUUCCCAGAACGUGACGCAUAACGCUUACAAUCAGAAUGCACUGGAUGUUGCGAUAGAGGCUGGAAAAGAACCUGUCGUGAUGUGCAUUGGAGACCAUUUACGGUGGAGAGAACUGUGUCAUAGAGUUGAAGAAGGCCUUACUCAACUACAGAGCCUUAUUAUAAAGAUGCCGUUGGCUGCAGAGAAAUUUCUUGAUAAAUGCGUAGAAGAAUCAGGAGAUAAAGAAAAAAGUGAAGAUUAUUCGAUAACGUACGACUUUAUGUUGUUACAAGGCAUGCCGGACCUUAGAAAAAACGAUCCUAAGAAGUAUCUGGACAGCCUUCAUACAAUGGUGAAGUACAAACGAGUCAACUGUCUGUCACAUCCUGUAACAGGGGCGAUGAUGAACAUAAAGUGGAGGAGUGUGGGAUGGAAAGCGUACACGAUGAACCUUGGAUUCUACAUUUUGUUCUUAGUCAUGUUGACCAUAAUGACCGUUUUACUAGCAGACGAAGAGAAGUUAAAUUCUCUUCUUGACAUUCCACGCUUCACGAUUGUGGUUAUGAGUCUUUUCCAUCUGUUGAAAGAAAUAUUCCAAAUAUGGGACGAGAAAUUCAAGUACUUGUUGAAGAUAGAUAACUGGAUGGAGUGGUUUUUGUACAUGACAAGUCUUGUCUACAUGUUUCAGUACAGUGGAAAAUUGGACACUGAUCCCAACAGUGAAAAAGAUCAGUAUUCGUACAGCUUGAAGGCGGUCGCUGCAACUGCAAUUUUUAUCGCUUGGGUUAUAUUUGUCCUUUAUUUAAGAAGAUUCUCUACGUUUGGUAUUUAUAUUAUAAUGAUGACAAAUAUUAUCAAAACAUUAGUAAAGAUCAUUAUCUUGUUCAUUCCCUUUGUAAUUGCCUUUGGCAUUCCUUUUUUUCUACUCUUACGGGAAAGAUUUAAGGAUAAAUCAAAUGAAGCAACAAUGUACUUGUUUGAUCGCCUUCCAUAUUCACUGUUCACAACUUUCAUGUUGAUUCUUGGUGAAAUGAAAUACCCGCACACCGUGUUCAAGUAUCAACCGUUACCAUACCCAUGGAUAAGUUAUGUCGUCUACAUCAUCUUCUGUGUCUGUAUGCCAAUCAUUAUCAAGAAUCUCUUGAUCGGUCUAUCGGUCGGUGACGUUAACAGGAUUCUCCAAUCUGCAAAAAUGGAACAACAUGGAAUGCAGGUUGAAUUGCUUCUAGAAUUAGAAAGAGCCACACCCAGGAAAGUUCUUAGAAAGAUCUGGGUCCCUUAUUGUGUAGAAUACCCGAACAAAAGGCGUACGUGGAGACAAAAGUUAGUAGAAUUUGGUUCGCCCAAGAGGCACACAGCUAAUCAACAGACUUAUGUCAAUCCUGCUCUGGUUCUGAUCAGUGACAAAGUCACUAAACUAGGGGAGAAAGUUGAUCAACAAGAAGACAAGUUACAAAAUAUUAUCCGUUUGCUGGGAAGACUAGAUCAAAGGUUGACCGAAAUGUCUCCGGCUGGGAAACCAUUAACUUCUGCUACGGAUGAAAAACCAGCUCUCGCGAGAGAGACUCCGAUGGUUCCCUUCAGCGGCUACGCGCAGGAACGUCAAUCUACAAGAAUGACACGGAGGCCGUCAACGGAAUCAACAGUUUAAGCAGGAGGACCUCUGCAUCUCUGCUGAUGAAGCCAGCACAAACAACUACUAAGGUGGCGUGGGAGUCUUGGAAUGAAGCAUUGCUGCAAAAAACUGAAAAACUCAUAAUUUCUGAGAGGAUGGCGCAACAAGAACUCCGUCGGUUGGAUUUCAGUGGAAAUAAUUUCAAAUUAAAAAAAGUACAAUUUAACCAUUUCAGAAAUGACGCCUGGAGUACCAUGGUGCCGAAGAUUCAUUUGGAAGAAUUCAGAGAGGGCUGGUUCCUUAUCUUGACAUAAAAGGAAAUUUACUUUUAAAUCAGAUGCAAACGAUUUUCUUUGGAUAAUACAGCGCUAAAAAUAGGAGGGGAAAAAAUAUCAUUAAGCUUCAAACAUAAAAGGGAAAUGUUUAGGUUUCUUUUUAAAUCACCGGAAAUAAAAAUUUAAAAAAUCA